AUGAGUUCCCCAAUGUCUGGCCUUGAGGUUAUGAUCGAACUCGGACUUAGCUAUGCCGAAUCCUGCGUCGGCGACAUACCAGAUGAUGUACAAAAGAAAUUAAAGACUGCUUUCAAGGAAUAUAUAACUGAAAAGAUAUCUUUCCAAGCUUGCUGCAUGAAAAUUGUGGGUCUUAUUGGUAAGGAUGAUCCAGUCGUACGUCUUAGAGACAUAUUAGAGCUCCCAGAGGAACCGUUACCCUACCAUGAAGAUGCUGAUGACGACGAUUCAGCUUCUGGAAGCUCUCGCAAGAAGACCAGAACCUGGUCUAUUGCUGAAGAUCAAAGAUUACUCGCCGGCGUAUUCCAUUACGGUCUAGAGAACUGGCAAGCUGUUGCACAAUUCCUUGGAAGCGGAAGGAAUCGUGCACAAUGCUCACAACGUUGGACAAGAGGUCUUAACCCCAGAAUUUCUAAGAAGAGCUGGACCCCAGAAGAAGACAAGCAGUUAGAGUCGUUGGUUAGGAUCCAUGGCGAGAAGUCAUGGACCAAGAUUGCCUCAAUUAUGAGUAACAGGAGUGAUGUUCAGUGCAGAUAUCACUACAGGCAACUUGUUGCUCAAAGAGAACAGCCAAUGACCCUCUCCAGAAAAUCCAAGCUUACAAUGUCCUCUGAUAACUUUGCAAUUAAUAAUGACAUUACUCCACGCUCACAAAUUGUGCCAAAUCAGAAUUCCGACGAUGAAGCUCCAAUCACCCUCAGCUCCACAAGAAUGACAGGUUCCAUGCCUCUCUUCAACCUUAACAAUAUGGCAGCACAACAAACGUUCCACCUACAGCCAAUUCCGAUUGCUCCACGUAUUUCUCAUAUUUACUCAGAAUCUCCAGGCCCAUUAGCAUCAUCAAGUAUGAGAUGGGGACAGACUGGUGUUGGUCAAAAUGAUCUCGAUACAUUCUUGAAGCAUUUCCAGUAA